CAUCAGCAUCAUGUCCGGCCCGUUCCCGUUGGCGCUGCAGGGCGUCGGCUACGUGCUGGUGGCGGCGCAUCUGUGGAAGAAAGGUCAUGUGCACAGUGACCACCACGAGACCAACGAGAAACGCAAACGGCAGGUGACCUUGGCGCGGCUGCUCAUCGUGGCCUACGUGUGGAAUCUGGCGUGCUUUAUGCCGGUGCCGGUAUUUCAUACGGCGUUUCCGCUGUUCUGGAACGGUCACGAGAUUAUACUGUUGUGCUUGCGGACGCUGGAGUUGUGCGGAUCGGCCGGGACACCGGUGAUUUUCUUGUUGCUCGGGACCGAGUACCAAACCGGCUUCAAGGCAAUUUUCUCGAAAUUACACUAAAAACAAUAAUCACCAAAAUGUAUGAUACAUGCGAUCUCAUUUUGAUUUUCCUGAGCAACGAUUUCCAUUUUAAUUUCUAGUCCGACGCUAGAAUUUACUCAAUUCAGAAAUGCUUCAGGUUGCCAGAGGGUUAAUAGA